AUCUUUCUCAGGAACUCCUCAGCCUCUUCUUCGGAUACAGGUUUCUUGGUUGCAGCUGGGUUGGUUCUUCUCAGCUCUACCGGAGCGAAACACCGUCCUGACAGGAUCCCACCGGAAAGGUGGCUCUAACCUCCUAGGAAGUAGGAGAGAGAGUAUCUAGGGAAAUGUUCACUUGUGAUUGACACAUUGACUUUUAUCAUACCUUUUCUUCUAUAAGUCAGUUUAGGGGGUAUACCUUAAUGUUAUCUAAUGCCAAGCGACCCUCUCAGCCAGCCUGGUCGUGUGUAUGGAUGUACCAUUGUAUGUUCAUUUUAAUUAGAUUUUUUUCGUCGAAGGACUAUAGUUUUCCUAUCUCUUUUCGCAUUCUCAAAAAAGUUUUCCUAUCUUUUUCUAUGUAAGCUUGAUGCUUUGGAAUGCCUUUCAUCUUCUGUGAGCAUCAUUGGUGGUCCAACUGGAGGAAGUGUGGCUGAUAAUGUGGACUCUGGAUACCUGCAUGAAAUGCUGCGUGCAAUGCUAAAUGAAACUUCAUCAAACUGGCUAUCAUCGGAUGUGGCUUUACGGAUAGAAUCACACAUGAGAUCAGACUUGUCUAUGCAAUACUUGUGUAAGAUGUUAAGGAGACAUCCAAGCUGGGUAGACCAUGGUAUGAUAUGUCUUCAGGGACACAUGGAUACUGUAUCAGAGAAUGAAGAAUACAAGCUUUCAGUCGAAGCUUUUCAAGAUGAACUGAUGACGACAAUUGCAUCCUUUCAACUGAAAUUCUCCUUAAUUCCUCUACAUCUUAUGUACUUGACUUUUUUGUCAUUUUGCAAUGGUGGUUUGGCGUAUACAGGAUGCUACUUGUUGCGAGACUACAUAAAUAAAUAUCUGUCGAUGGAGCAAGGCCAUGAACUUGAUGGUUGCUCAUUGUAUGCUUUCCUUCCCAAGCUAUUUCUUGAAGUAUCUGGAGAAUUAUUUUAUAUUUCUGCAAGAUACAUCAUUAUGUGUAGCAUGGACUGUUUCUACUUGAAGUCAUUCGCCCUUAGGAGUAAUGGAGCUGAUGAAAAUAUUUAUGGCGCCGUCUUAGAGCUGUAUAAAAAGAGGCUGUCUUGGUCAUUAUGGUGUCUUAGAGCCACAAUGCAGUUUUCUUCAGUUUCUUCUGCAGAAAAUUUUGUGGGGACACAUUUCACCAUCCUUGAUUUAACAGAGUAUUUGUUACUGUUUGCAUCUGCUUUGGUACAAAGAGAUUACAGUGUUCUUCUCCUGAUUGUGAAGCCUCUCUUGAUGGCAAGAACUUCAGAUGAGACAGGCAUAAAGGAUAUACAAAAACUGCUUUGUGAGAUUCGAGAAACGGUGGCUCAUGAUUUAUCUAUUCAUGAUGCUGGAUCUUCUUUCCAGAACAAGAAUCAAAUGCCACGGGCACAAUUUGGGGAUGUUAUGUUGUCUGUUCCGGAAGAGAGAUGGCAUGUCAUGGUUGCUUCUUUUUGGGGAUAUGUAUCUAGCUUUUUAAAAUACAAGCUAAAUCUGCUAUCUCCAGAACAUGAAGAAAGCGAUUUGUUUCUACCUCCAGGCGGACAUCCCAGUGUAUCCACUUCACUAAACUGUGUAAAUGGCAACAAUGUCUCAACCCACAAUGGGAUUGUUCCAGGACUUCUGGCGAAGAUACUAAAGAUCACAUGUACUCACAUCUCUUCUUACUGUACGAAUCGGUUUGCAUCCAUCCUGCUGGAGAGCAUAGAUCCAGGUGCAACUACUAUUUUCUGGUCUGAAGAUUAUCCGUCCCUACAUAAAGCGCCAGAUACUAAACUUAGUCAUAGAAAUAAUGAUCUGGAUAAGCUGACUGCUGAAGAUGAAUUAUCAGCAUUUGAGGCAUUAUGGGAUAUUUGUUCUGAGCUUAAGAAAGCUAAUCAGGGAUUUUUGCUUCAAGACCAGAAGUUUUUACAGCAUACCUUGCUAAAGUCCUUUAAAGGAUGGAAUGAAAUGUACCCCAGCAUUGUAAGAGAGUGUGAAGCUGAGGAAACUUGUGACAGAGACGAUAGGUUUGGUAGUCCAAGCAGCGCAGCUGGAUCUCCUCUUGCUUGUUUGUCACCAAAUAAUCAUCCUUUCCAAAGUUCCGGGGGAAAAGAUACGAACCAUACAAAGAAGGUUUUGCCUUUUCGUAGUCCGAUGGAGAUAUAUAAGAGAAAUGGAGAACUUUUGGAGGCUUUGUGCAUCAACUCCGUUGAUCAACAUGAAGCUGCUCUUGCUAGCAAUCGGAAGGGAUUAUUAUUCUUCAAUUGGGAAGAUGGACUUCCUUGUGCGAACAGAUUUGAUAAUGUCUGGGCAGAAGCUGAUUGGCCACAUAAUGGUUGGGCGGGAUCCGAUUCUACACCAAUUCCUACUUGCGUCUCUCCUGGAGUGGGUCUCGGGAGUAAAAAGGGCACACACCUCGGGCUAGGUGGAGCAACUGUUGGCGCAGGUUUUCAGGCAAGACCUACAUUUGGGCUUCCAGGUUAUGCCAAUACGGGUGGAUCCAGUCUUGGCUGGGGAGUUCAAGAGGAUUUUGAUGAGUUUCUUGACCCUCCUGCCACCGUAGAAAAUGUUAGGACAAGGGCAUUCUCAACUCACCCUUCAAGGCCUUUUUUCUUGGUUGGCUCAAGCAAUACACACAUAUAUUUGUGGGAGUUUGGCAAAGAUAGAGCUACUGCAACAUAUGGAGUGCUUCCUGCUGCAAAUGUCCCUCCACCAUAUGCUCUUGCUUCUGUAUCUGCCGUGAAAUUUGAUCAUUGUGGUCACAGAUUUGUAUCUGCUGCUUCGGAUGGUACUGUGUGCACGUGGCAGCUUGAAGUAGGAGGCAGAAGUAACAUUCGGCCAACAGAAUCCUCUCUUUGCUUUAAUAAUUAUACAUCGGAUGUCACAUAUGUUACGUCAAGUGGUUCUAUCAUAGCUGCCGCGGGAUAUAGCUCCAGUGGUGUUAACGUUGUCAUAUGGGACACACUUGCUCCACCAGCGACAUCUCGAGCCUCCAUAAUGUGUCAUGAAGGAGGUGCACGCUCCCUAGCAGUGUUUGAUAAUGAUUUAGGAAGUGGUUCUAUUUCCCCCCUCAUUGUGACGGGUGGGAAAGGUGGUGAUGUUGGACUUCAUGAUUUCCGGUACAUAGCUACUGGAAAGGCAAAAAGACAGAAGCAUACAGAAAUUGGUGAUCAUGGUGUGAAUUCCAUGGUUGACAUGAAGAAGAAAACCGGUGAUCAGAAUCGUAAUGGGAUGCUCUGGUAUAUUCCGAAGGCUCACACAGGGAGUGUUACCAAAAUAUCAACCAUACCACAUACCAGUUUUUUCUUGACGGGAAGUAAAGAUGGAGAUGUAAAACUUUGGGAUGCCAAAAAUGCAAAAUUAGUAUUUCAUUGGCCAAAAUUGCACGAAAGACACACCUUCUUGCAGCCAAGCUCCCGUGGCUUUGGUGGUGUGGUACAGGCAGCUGUUACAGAUAUUCAAAUUGUUCCUCAUGGUUUUCUUACAUGUGGUGGAGAUGGUGCCGUAAAGCUUGUGAUGCUCAAUGAUCUCUUAAGGCUGUGAACAAGUCAUGGGUUAAUGGCACAGCAAAGAACUAUUUGUUGCAUGAAUUGUUGUCUGCAGUGGUUCUCCUUUGAAUUUGCUUUGAGAUCCUUAUAUAAGCUCUAAAGUUGGUAACUUGACUUGAUGAUGGAAGGAUAGCCCAGUGAUAAAGACCCUGCACCUCCAACCAUAAGUCAGCGAUGUGAGUCUCCAAGGGAAUAAAGUGGAAAAGGGCCAUUAUUGGGAUCCUGGAUAGGGAGCUCUCUGGGGAUG